AUGGACGCUGUCUGCAGCAACCAAGGGGCUCGGUGGAGCAACAUUCAGAAGGCAGGUUCGCCGUAUGACAACGUGACCCUCACGGUGAUGUUUUGUGUCGUCCUGGGCUACUGCGUGCUUUAUGCCGUCCUCGUCUGGUACCUGGACAACGUGUGGCCAUGGCAGUACGGCAUCCCCAAAGAGCCUCUCUUUUUCACCAAAGUAAGCUACUGGUACCCCAAGGCGCCCACUAAUUUGCAGUAUCAAAGGAAGGACGCCACGGAAGCGAGUAUUCCACGUGAGAGCAUCGGAGACCGGAACAAUCCUGGCAUAGUGCUCGACAACGUCACAAAGGUCUAUUCGAAGAAUACUGUGGCUCUCUAUCGCGUCAGCCUCAAGGCUUACCGCGGUGACGUCACCGUGCUUCUCGGUCGCAACGGUGCGGGCAAGACGACCCUGCUGCGACUCAUUACGGGUCUCGAGCAGGCGUCCGCCGGCAGCGUCUACGUGGCGGGCCACGAUGCGGCGUUGGACACGGACGCGGCGCGCCGUUCUAUGGGCUUCUGUCCUCAGGAGAACGUCCUCUUCCUCGGCCUCACCGUCCUCGAGCACCUGCAAUUCUUCGCCAGGAUCCGCGGUGACAGCUGGGCGACGGCGAACAACGCCAUCGAGGAAAUCCUCGUGGCGUUCAACCUAUCCGAUAAGCGCGACACCCUGGCCAGCUCGCUCUCUUGGGGCACAAGGCGAAAGCUUCAACUUGGCAUAGCCGUUGUGGGUAACCCUCAGAUCGUGGUGCUGGACGAGCCGACGGCUGGUGCCGACCCCGAGUGCAAGGGCGCCCUCUGGGAUUGCGUCCUGCGGUUCCACGAGGACAAGACGAUGCUGAUGACCACGCACAGCAUGGAGGAGGCGGACACGCUCGGCGACCGCAUCGCCGUCUUGGCCGCCGGCAGGAUGCGCUGCUGCGGCUCGUCACUCUUCCUGCGCAACACUUAUGGUAUCGUGCACGGUACGGGUUAUUGGAUCCGCGUGACCGUGGAAGAAGGCGCCAUCCACGAUGACCUUCACGAAUUGACCCAUGCCUUUCAAAAGCACGUACCGGCAGCCCGUAUUGAAGAUGGCGAAUAUUCUGCGCCGCUUAAUUAUCUUCGUCGUGGUGGAACGUACAAUAUCAAUGUUGGAGACGUCGGGGCCAAUACGCUCAUUGAGUUGCUGAAGGAGCUUGAGGAAGUGCAUGGGCGUGCGCUGCAAUCGCUGUCGGUCUACGUGGCAGCCCUCGAAGAUGUGCUGAGGCAGGUGGAGCGGGAUUCGGACCGCAGAAAGACCUCACCGCAGCCACAGGCGCCGCAGCAGCUGCCCGACGUUCACGUGGCGGGACAAGAGUCGGAGGUUGGCUACCCUGCGGUCGCCGCGAUCGAGGCGAACUUUUCCUCGAGCGGCGAUCUGCGGCCCCGCCUGAGUCAACAGCUUGGAGCGCUCGUCGCCAAGAAGUUACGGUACGGCAGCCGCGACUUCAGGCUGCCCGUGCUGAUGUUGCUGCUGCCGCUCUCGGUCCUGUUGCUGUUCGCCUACAUCAACCAGACGCACAUUUCUCGCAAGCUCAGCUACUCCGGACCCGUUGAGUACUCGCUACUGAACGUCUUCGGGCACACGGUCGCGUUUUACACCACCGACGUGUCGACCUGGAGCGAACCUGCCGCUCAGGAAUAUGAAAAGUACCUACAAGAGGAACAAGAGGCCGAAGUGCGUGACCUCGGCGAUGCCGAUCCGCAACCGUGGCUGCAAAAGUUGGCGCUGAACAACUACCGUCGCUACCGUUCGCAGUAUAUCAUCGGCGCCCAAUUCAGGUCCACCAGCAAUUUGUCGGGAGUGCCGGAAAGCGCUUUCCUACCGGGAAGCCAGGACAAGGACAACGAGACGGCCGUCGAGGUGCGACGAGUGGCGGCGUCGCGUGCCUUCCUGCCCGGCUGGCGGCUGCGCGUGGUCAACCAUCCGCUGCCCAAGGAGAAUCCGAGGCCCGAGCCGGACCCCACCAUAGUGCUCGCCACGCGCCUGAUGUGCGCCGUCUUCAUGCCCGUCGGACUGGCUUUCCUCGGCGCUACCUACGUUCUCUUCCCAGUGGAGGAACGCGUGCGCAACGUGAAGCUACUUCAGCUGCAGUGCGGGGCCAGCUCAGCCGCUUUUUGGGGCUCGGCGCUCGCUGUUGACCUGGUGUUGCACGCAUGCUGCUCGAUGGUGAUCCUGAGCCCACUCUUCAUGCUUGACCGCCACCAGGUGUACUCGGACGGCUCCACGAUCGGUACUGACAUGGCUCCCCUCAGUGCGAAAACCAAAUCAAAAUUUCGCAAGAAAGCGUUAUGUGUCGUUAUAUGUCGACUUUCGAUCGCCUCCUGUUUUGCCAAAACUUCGGCCUGGAGAAAAUUCCGGAUCACCUUAAUCGAUUCAUCGAGUGCUGUCCGGGUGGUCUUGGGCGUAGACAACCUGAGGAAGAGCUACCGCAGCGUCGAGGCCGUGUGCGGUCUCUCGUUCGCGUUGAACAGCCACGAAUGUUUCGGUCUGCUUGGCAUGAACGGCGCUGGCAAGACGACUACGUUCCGCAUGCUAGCCGGAGAUCUGGUUCCCACUGCGGGCAACGCCUUCAUUGGCGAUGCCGAUCUCGCCACCACCAGGAGAAAGUACCAGGCGCGGAUCGGCUACUGCCCGCAGACGGACGUGACCCUCGACCUGCUGACGGGGCGCGAGAUGCUGGCGCUGUUCGGUCGGCUCCGCGGCAUCCGAGAAUGGGACCUGGAUGAGGUCAUCGACCGAACGCUGCAGUUCGUUGACAUGGCACAGUACGCUGACGUCACCACUGGAAAGUACAGCGGCGGCACACGUCGCAAAUUGUCCCUGGCCGUGGCGUUCGUGGGCCAUCCGAGGGUGGUGCUGCUGGACGAGCCGACAGCAUCCGUUGACCCUCAGGCGCGCAGGCGCAUCUGGAAUAUACUCACGGCCGUCAAGCAGAACCUCUACCUCUCCAUACUGCUCACCUCGCACUGCAUGCGGGAAUGCGAGACCCUGUGCUCUCGGGUGGCCAUUCUGUGCGAGGGUCGCUUCGCGUGCCUCGGCUCCACGCAACAGCUCAAAGAUGACAUCGGCCGAGGAGCCACGAUUCUCGCUCGAUGCCUGCCUCAGGAUACAGGCUCCGUUUGCAAAGCAUUGGAGGAACGCUUCCCGGGCGCGCAACUUCGGCGGCGCCACCAGCGCGGGGCCCUGCUGCGCUUCCACGUGAUGGCGCAGCUGUGGCACAAGCUAUUCGCCGGCAUGGAAGAACUGCGUGCCCAGGGUCUCGUUUCCGAGUACGUGGUCAGCGACGUCAGCCUGACCGAAGUGUUCCUGCACUUCACCCGACAAGAGCGCAAGGACGUUCCCAACGGCCGCGCAGCGUCGCCUCCGACAGCAGCAUCCGUUUAGAUCUCUUGCGCAACCGCCGGCGCACCUGUAUAUUAUUCCGUCAUUUGUUCACGCCAAUAAACUCCGUU